CACUGCAGGUUACAAAGAACAAGAGACUGGGUGAAGGGUGGGAGGCUAGGGUCCGCUCCAUCUCUUCUGCCCCGCCUCCGCCUCGCCACGAUGCUGAUCACUGUGUCGCCUUGGUUCUCCAGUGCGCGGCGCUGCUCCCGCUUUUAUCCAGAGACGCGUCGCUUCGUGCGCUGACAGCGCGGCUCAGCCCGUGGGGCUAGAACCGAGUAGCAUUCGUUGAAUCUGCGGCUUUCAUGACGUCUCCCUCAGAGGUCUAUCACUUUGCUCCUAAACGAGGAUUUAUUCCCUCUGCCACUCAAGGCUUUCCCCCAGUUUCCUCGCAGCUGGGCUCCCUCCUCCGUGCCUGCCCACACGAGCACUCCUCUGCCCCGCGGUGGCCCCAGCGCCCAGCCCUCCAGCCAGAGGGAGCCAGUCAUCAGACGGCAGCACCUGGCUGGAGAGGUUGGGCGGGCCGAGGGUGGGGAUCCGCGGGAACCGGCGAGCCGGAGCUGGAGCAGGACCUGGACCAACCGCUAGCAGCAGAAUGGAGUCUCCCGAAAGCCUGCCGGGGCUGAUAUGAAAUUGGACCAUCUGCUUCCAGUUGGUCUGUUUCCUUCUCUUCUUGUAUUUUCUUCCCUCGCCAUCCACUGUGGAGUGAAUUAUUGAACCUUGCUCCGUUCCAAGAAAGGCGAUCAGGAUGGAGUGAACCUACCCUGUCCACCACAAGGAAAAGCACAAAGAAGAAAUGACAAUGGCCAAGUUAACUGAAUCCAUGACUAACGUCCUGGAGGGUGAUUCCAUGGACCAGGACGUGGAAAGCCCAGUGGCCAUUCACCAGCCAAAGUUGCCUAAGCAGGCCAGGGAGGACCUGCCAAGACACAUCAGCCGAGACAGGACCAAAAGGAAAAUCCAGAGGUACGUGAGGAAGGAUGGGAAGUGUAAUGUUCACCAUGGCAACGUGCGGGAGACAUACCGAUACCUGACGGACAUCUUCACAACCCUGGUGGACCUAAAAUGGAGAUUCAACCUGUUGAUCUUUGUCAUGGUCUACACAGUAACAUGGCUUUUCUUUGGGAUGAUCUGGUGGCUGAUUGCAUACAUCCGUGGAGACAUGGACCACAUAGAGGACCCCUCCUGGACUCCCUGUGUUACUAACCUCAACGGGUUUGUCUCUGCUUUUUUAUUCUCCAUAGAGACAGAAACCACCAUCGGUUAUGGCUACCGGGUCAUCACAGACAAGUGCCCCGAGGGGAUUAUUCUCCUCUUAAUCCAGUCCGUGUUGGGGUCCAUUGUCAACGCCUUCAUGGUAGGAUGUAUGUUUGUGAAAAUAUCCCAACCCAAGAAAAGGGCAGAGACCCUGGUCUUCUCUACCCAUGCGGUGAUCUCCAUGCGGGAUGGGAAGCUGUGCCUGAUGUUCCGGGUAGGGGACUUGAGGAAUUCCCACAUUGUGGAGGCCUCCAUCAGAGCCAAGCUCAUCAAGUCCAAACAGACUUCAGAAGGGGAGUUCAUUCCCCUCAACCAGACGGAUAUCAAUGUAGGGUACUACACAGGGGAUGACCGGCUCUUUCUGGUGUCACCAUUGAUUAUUAGCCAUGAAAUUAACCAACAGAGUCCCUUCUGGGAGAUAUCCAAAGCCCAGCUGCCUAAAGAGGAACUGGAGAUUGUGGUCAUCCUGGAGGGAAUGGUGGAAGCUACAGGAAUGACGUGCCAAGCCCGAAGCUCCUACAUCACCAGUGAGAUCUUGUGGGGUUACCGAUUCACACCUGUCCUAACGCUGGAAGACGGGUUCUACGAAGUUGACUACAACAGCUUCCAUGAGACCUAUGAGACCAGCACCCCGUCCCUUAGUGCCAAAGAGCUAGCAGAGCUAGCUAACCGGGCAGAGCUGCCCCUGAGUUGGUCUGUGUCCAGCAAACUGAACCAACAUGCAGAACUAGAGACAGAAGAGGAAGAGAAGAACCCGGAAGAACUGACGGAGAGGAAUGGUGAUGUGGCAAACCUAGAGAAUGAGUCCAAAGUGUAGGCCCAGCUGGGUCAGCCUCCCACCUCAGACAUGACCCCUCCUUAUAGGCCCAGCUGGGUCAGCCUCCCCCACUCAGACCUGACUCCUCCUUGUCUCCCAUUUCCUUCUUUUCUGUCUCUCUUUCCUUGAUUUGUUUGUAUUAAUUUUGGCAUUUCCAGAACACAAAUCUUCAAGGUGUAAAAUCCCUACCUGCCCCACUCAGAUGUUCAGAUGGACACGCAGCAGGGAUUCUGUUAAGGUACAAGGUGCCUUCACUGUGCCCAAUCCUGGUCUCCACUCACAGAAGAGACCUAGCUACUUAAUCCUCUUUAUUAUCUAAUACAGAUCACUCAAAAGAGUUUUACCCAGUGUCACAAAAAGAACAUGAGCUGUUUACCAUGGCCACAGGUCAUGCAGAGAAGCCCAGUCCAUCUCACCUAGCACAGGGCAGGUAGGUACUCAACCACACAGGCACUGACAAUACAGGACCCAGGUGAGCUAAGGAUAGACCACUGUACAUAGAUCUGCCCUAUGGAAUUUUUUUCUUUCGGCAAGUAGAAACAAACCCAGCAUGCACAAAAGUACUAUGGAGCAGAAAUCCUAAUAAUUAAUGUACAUAGACAUAUCAUUCAUGUAGCUUUAGAUUUAUAACUUUAGAAAUAAGAAGAAAAGACUCCCAAUAUACAGUAGGCAUUUCUGUUUUGAUAUCUGAGUCUUCUGAUUACUUUGAUCCCCUUGACUGCUGGCCCUCUAAAUGCAUGGCCUUUGUUCCAGGUCCCAGACUGACAGUUUUUAGGGCACCUCUCUGUCCCCUUGUCAUCCUUAUGUUGAAUUUAAUAAGCCAUAGGUCUGGGGAUAGUCUGGAGGUGUAAUAGGUGUCAGAUCCACCGUCCAAAAUGCUGAUAUACCAUGACACAUUUACAAAACGGUGUCAUUGUUUAUAGAUAAUGGGGGACUCUCUGAGCACCCUCGGGGGCUCUACCAGGAACAGGACUCUAGCACAGCCACACAGGACAUUUCCGGUGAACUUGCAGUAUUGCAGUUUAAGAAACCUUUCUGUGAAAGCAAUAAUUGCACUUCUAUGUAGUCAUGAGAAACUGCAGGCUGUCCAUGGAGCUGUCUAGUCGGCAGAAGACUUUGGGGUAAAGCUAUGGCAUUUGGGUGAAAUGACAAUGCAGCGUUGCCAGCUUCCUGCUCUCUCACUUCAUCUAGCAAGCCUAUCCCUAUGGCCUGCUCUGCCCCGCCCAUCUCUGGGGCCCGUCCCUCCCUGGGCCCUGCCCUGUCCCUGGGGCCUGCCCCUUCCUGCCCAGUUCCGGUCUCUGGGCCCCGCCCUUACCUUUUCUUAUCCUGGGACUUUUUUUCUUCUACCAUCAUUCUUACUAUCACUAUUGUGAAACGACCAGAUAUUGGUACACGAAGAGUAGAGAACAGUGUUUGUGGCGACUGAGAAAUCUCUCUGGGGUGUGAGAGUAUGCCACCAUACUCUCUCCAGAGUCUACCCCAUAGCUCUUGAUCAAGAGCACAAACAUCAACAAGAGCCAAACAGCUCUCUCUAUCUCAUUUAAUCCUCAAAGAAGGAAAGAAGGAAGGAAGGAACAAAGAAAGGCAGGCAACAUGUGUAAUAAUCUAAAUUCAAAACGAUGUGGAAAAGAAAAGACUGGAAAAAGAGUCUUAAGUGAGACCUCAGGGGCAGGUGGAGAUUUCUCACUGUAACCAAUCUUUCCUGUUGCUUUUGUAUUCAUAAACUGUUCCUAAAAACCACUGCCCAUCAUAAAUACGCAUCGAGUAGAUGUAAAUUUAUCUCAGCUCCUUCAAAUGUACUCAGUUUGAGUCUCCAUACCGCUGAGGUCAAAGGGAUCUAACUAGCAGUUCCCUCUCCCUUGCCUCCCCUCACCAGGCUGCACAGGGCUUUGUUGUAGUCUCCGGACCUUGCUUAUAAGAGAGGUGUUCCAGGAGUUAUGAGAAGUGGCUCCUCCAUUCAACAUUUGGGUUGUUCCUCUCCCUCUGCAGAAAUCGUGACACCCAAACAACCGUUUCUUUGGCGUUGACUCCAGAAAACGAAGCUAUUGGCUGUGGCCCUCGCUUGCCUGCCAGCAUUUCCUUUUGGCAUUGGUUACUUAUUGAUGGAGCCAUACAUUCACCCCGAGCACUCUAAGCAGGAGGUGGUGGAGGCAGAGUCCUGACAUAGUUCCCCAGAGGCUGUGGGAGGUCCAUGACCUGACCUUGUUUUAGCCUUAUGAAGGACGCCCUGCUUUGGGGCACCAAUCUGCAGCAGCCCAAGACAGGGCCUAUGUAGCACAAAGCAAGAUGGAGAAAGCUUGCAACUGAUCUGCUGACUUACCUCCUGAAGACUCGCUGGGCCUUUCUAGAACUCUAUUAUUGAGGUCUGAAGGACGAAGGAGCCCCAUUGAUGGGCUGAAAGAGCAGCCUUGAGGUCGGUGGCUUCUUGCACGAUGGGACAAUAGGCCUGGGCAACACCUGUGUCAUGCUGUGACCUCCCUCAGCAGGGCACUCUGACGGUCCCUCCCUGACUCUCAUCUUCUUGAUGUCACUGUGGUGGGUGACAUAGUGGAACUCUAUCCUGUUUGUAACAUGAGCUCAGAAUCUUUAAAGGAGGCAUUCCUAAAAGGUGUUUUAUUAGAAUGUCCUUAUCAAACGUGUCUAUUUUUCUACAGUUAAUGAGAAAAAGGGUUAACAGUGUAUUUUGUGUCAACUGUUAAAAUUUGAAAGGUUUUUAUGACUGAAUUUUCUAAACACCAAGUGGCCAAUGGGUUUUUCAUUAAGAUAAUUCAACAAAAGGGACCCUAAUGCCUCCUCUUUCCAGUCCACAAUCCCUGGUCACUAUCCCCACAGCAUCUCCACCAGUAGAUCAAUGCACCAAGACCUAUAACCACUAGAGAGUGCCUCUCUCUCUCUCUCUCUUUCUCUCUCUCUCUCUCUCCCUUUCUCUCUCUCUCCCCCCUCCCUGUCUCCCACCUUUGAUGUUUUGGGUUGAUUGGUUUUUAUCUCUGAGUCAUUUUCCCCCCAUAAAGCACAGUGACAUCCAUAGGCCACAUAAGUACCUUGAACUCUAGGGUAACAAUCAUACUGUUGAUCCCAGUCUACAGUCACACUAACUCCUUGAGGAAAGAGAAAGUUUGCCUAGCAGGAUAGGGAGGAAGAGACCCUUGUUCUACUGACCCUGCCUCCUCCAUUAGGUCUUCUAUAGGAGAUUGUGUGUUAUCAAUACAACUGUAGUUCGUUUGCAGCAGUCUCCUGGGCACACGGCAUGCCUGUGUUGACACAUUAGAACUGCCAUGUUACAUUGUUCCUGGCUCAUCCCUUUCAGGUCUUUCAUGUUAGCUGUGGUUUUGACUCCAUGAGAUAGAACCUCUUCCUGCUCUCCCUCCCUGUCUGUUCCUCUCUUUUGUUCUCUCUUUCCUUCGACACCCACUGAUUUGAUUUAGUACCUGAGUUCCCUAAUAGAAACCUGGCUACUGUAUCAAGAUGUCAACCUAUUUCUUAAGCACAACAUUUCUCUUACAGGUUUAACCAAAAUAGGACUCUGAUAUGCCUGGUUUUUUCUUUAUACUCUAAUUUACAAUUUAAUUAUGGCUACAUUUUAAAGCCCAGAUGUUCAAAUUUCUAAAUUUCUUCCCCUACCUGUUGCUUUUCUGAUGUCUUGAAGUUGAAUUUCUGGUGUCUUGGAGUGCCUGGAGACUGACCAACUGUGCAAAGAGGGACUGUGUAGGUGCCCUGGAUGAUCCCAUGAGCACACUGCAAACACCAGAUCCUUAGCUGAGAGAAACUCGCUACCAACACAACUUAGCAAGAGUCUCCUUGUCGUUUCUUUCCCUGACUUCAGACAUGCUCUAGAUGAAGCCGAGACAGCUGCUUCAAAAGAAAUGACUUAUUUGUGUGACCAGCAUUACUACAAUGAACUCAUUUCUAUGGCUUCAUUUCAGUGGCUAGCUGUAAAAUUGAAAAAGAUGAGCAAAAUUUGCAUAACUGAUUGAUAUUAUAAUGCAGCUAAAGAAUACUAUCUUGAGUUAGACUUUAUGUCCAAACUGUAUUUUAAAAAAUGUGAACUUUCACUUUACUUUAGAAUAGAGUAAAGCCUGCCUCUUCCCAGUCUAUGUCCCCUCCAAGUCUCAGGGGGGACUUAGGAUUUAAAAUGUUAUGUAGACGUGAAGACUGUCAGAGGUUAGUAAGGGACAUGGACAAUAUGUACAGUUUUGACUGUGCAUACCUAGCAACAAAACAAUAUUUUACCUAACCUUGUAAAUGCAGAACACUCCUGCAAAUUAUCCCACGGAACUCUCACCCACCACAAGAGGCUAGGCACUAUCAUCUUUAUAAUUGGAGAUAUAGAGUUUAGGCAAAUGGAUUAACUUUAGCAAAGGUCCAGACCAGUAAAUGACAGACUCAGGUCACAAGGGUGUGAGCAUGGGGUGUUUUUUAUUAUGAAAACUUUGGCUCGCCGAUCUGCUAAGACAGCCUUACUGUUAUUACAACUCUUUCAAUCUGAUGCUAAUUUUUAUGUUUAUAAAUGAUUGAAAAACAAACCAAGAACACUUGGUGGACAUAUAAAAGUCAGAUCUCAGGGGCCAGAGAUGGAACUUGGUUAAUAGAGUGCUCGCCUAGUUUACAUAAAGCCCCAGGUUUGGUCCCUAUCACUGCCUAAAUAAAGCAUGUUAGCACACGCCCAUUAUAGUAUUUUGGAAGUGGAGGCAGGAAGGUGAGUUCAAGGUCAUCCUCCACUGUGUGGAGAGUUUGAGAUUAGCCUGAGCUAUAUGAGACCCUCAAAAGAAAAUGAUAAUCCAAACUUUGGUCCAUAAAUGGUUUCACUGGAACACAGCACAUCCAAUCUCUGCAUGCAUUGCCUGUGGCUGCUCGAACUCUAUUCUAGGAGACCUGAGUAACUGCAGAAGGUUGUAUGGCUGGCAACAUCUGUACUAUUACUAACUAACACUAACCAUUGUGUGUGAAUCAGUACUGUUAAGAAUUAAACUAGUCUCUGGUGUCUGGGAACAUCAGAGAAUGACCUCUUUCCCCA